CAACUCAUUACACAAAAUAAAUUAUAAUAAUUGUAAUUUAUUAAGUAUCUACGUUGAAAAUAUUCCAUUAAUUAAUAUUUUUUCUACUGAGCACCGUUAAUCAAUAGUCAUUAAGAAUUAUUGUUCAUUUUUUGACAUUUCCACUAUCCCGUUCUUUAUAAUUUAAUUUUCAGUAUAAUUAGAAUCAUGGUCAAUUUUAGUGAAGCUCAAGAAAAACUUAAGAAAUAUAGAGAGGACAAUGAGCGUAAGAGUAAAGAGGUAUUGGAAUUAUGGGAUUCAUCUGUCAAACAUAAAAUUAAUCAAUUAGGAAAUGAUCGUUACUUAGUUUUAGAACAAGUAUUAAUAGCUGCAUGCGAUUGUAACCGCAUUGAUGUUGCCAAAGCAUGUUUACAAAUGCUCCUUAAUAAAUUCCCCGAUAGUCUAAGAGUACGUAGACUGGCAAUAACAAUACUAGAAGCAGAGGAAAAAUAUGAUGAAGCAUUAGAAUCUCUUGACAAACUCAUCAAGGCAGAUGAAACCAAUGCUCAAACCAGAAGACAUAAAGUGGCUAUAUUAAAAGCUAAAUGCCAAAUAAGUGAAGCCAUAAAAGAACUUGUUGAAUAUCUUAAGAAGUUUAUGGUAGACCAAGAAGGUUGGCAAGAAUUAAGUAAUUUAUACUUGUUGGAAGGAGAGUAUGCAAAAUCUGCAUAUUGUAUGGAAGAAAUGAUUCUACAUAAUUCUCAGAAUCAUUUAUAUCAUCAACGAAAUGCUGAUAUACGAUAUACACAAGGAGGUGCAGAAAAUUUGGAAUUAGCACGUGCUCAUUAUUCAUAUGCUAUUCUUCUUAACCCUAACAAUGUUCGAGCUUUGUAUGGAUUAUACUUGACUGCUCGCAGUUUGAUGUCAUCACAAAAAAAUAAUCAAACAAAAAAAAAUACAUUCAAAAAAAUUGCUACAUUGUCAUUAAAACGAGUUGAACACAUGUACAGUGAGAAAAGACAAUUAAAUAAAAAAGAUCAGUUGUUUGAACUCGAAACAUUAAUGGGAUGGUUGCAUUUGAGCUUAAAUUAAACUAGUCUUAAGUAUUUGAUAUAACUAUAUUAAUUAUUAUUUUUAAUUCAUAUUUUUAUUAUUUUUUUUUUUUUUUUGUUUUUUGGGAGGCAUUUUUUAAGAUAAUAUGCCUAAACUUCUCUAUGAGAAUGUUAACUUUAUUUCAUACAAAGUAACGUGUUUAGCCAAUAUGUUUAAAAACAUUUUCUGAAUUUAUUUCUUUUUGGUUUCUAUCAAAUGAUUAGUAUAUUAUUAUUUAUUAAUAUAACUGUUUUUUUCUGUGAUCAACUUCAUUGUUGUUUCCACAAAUUGUAUUGAUCGUUUUAUAUUAUAUUAUUAUUUCUUAAUUAACUAUACAAAAGUAAUAAGAACAAAUUAACUAACAAAUAGUUAUCAAUAAAAUUCAAAAACUGCCACAAAUACUGCUGUACUUACAGUAUUUCAAUGCAACAACGAUUACACUACCUUGUAGACGAGGUAAUUCAACAAUAUUUCGUUUCAACUGCUAUUUAAUGUCUAGUAAAUAUUAAAAAAUGUGACAUUUACUCCUAAGAAAAUAAUAUUGUAUAAUUUAAUAGACUUUAAUAUUUUUUAAGUUCUGUUUAUUCAAACAUAUUUAGUAAAAUAAAUUAAACUGAUUUCAA